UUUUGUUUAGAAGUUUAUUUUCUCUCUAAGUAAAAAUGGCCACCAUGGAGCUAAAACGAAAAGCUAUGGAUAGUGCUGUUGUACCAUUUAAAAAGCCAAGGCAAGAUUUAGUUCCAAUAGGAUCCCACCAUUUAGGAGCCGUUGUUCAGUCAGGUCCUCCUAGAGCAUCAAACUUACUGGCACCAAUCAUGCUUUUGACUGGUCAUGAAGGCGAUAUAUUUUGUUGUAAAUUUUCACCUGAUGGACAGUUGCUUGCAUCUGCAGGAUUCGAUAGACUAAUCUAUUUUUGGACUGUGUAUGGAGAGUGUGAAAAUUUUGCUAUGUUGAAAGGUCAUACAGGGGCUGUUAUGGAUCUGAGUUUUUCUACAGAUGGCAGCAUGAUUUUCUCAGCAUCAACUGAUAAAACUGUUGCAGUUUGGGAUAUUGAAUCAGGUGAUAGGUUGAGGAAACUGAAAGGCCAUCAAACUUUUGUUAAUGCUAUAAAUCCAGCACGCAGAGGUCCUCAGCUGUUGUGCACUGGCAGUGAUGAUGGCACUGUUAAGACAUGGGAUGCUCGCAAGAAAGGAACUAUCAACACAUUUCAGUGCACUUACCAAGUUACAGCAGUCACAUUUAAUGACACAGCCGAGCAAAUCAUCUCAGGAGGAAUUGACAAUGAAUUAAAGGUUUGGGACUUGCGCAAAAAUGCAGUUUUAUACAAAAUGAGAGGGCAUUCAGACACAGUGACUGGGCUAGAACUUAGUCCUGAAGGAUCCUAUUUGUUAUCAAAUUCUAUGGACAAUACUUUGAGAAUUUGGGAUGUGAGACCAUACGCUCCUCAAGAAAGAUGUGUAAAAAUUAUGUCUGGUCAUCAGCAUACAUUUGAAAAGAAUUUGUUAAGGUGUGCCUGGUCACCAGAUGGCAGUCGUGUGGCAGCUGGGUCAGGUGACAGAUUUGUUUACGUUUGGGACACUACAUCACGUAGGGUCGUGUACAAGCUUCCAGGUCAUGCAGGUUCAGUCAAUGAGGUUGAUUUCCACCCCAAUGAAUCAAUAAUUUCAUCUUGUUCAAGUGAUAAAAAGAUUUACCUUGGAGAAUUGGACUGAUUUUGUAUCUCAAUAUUUUUGUAUCAAUUUCAACACAUUCAUUUUGUAAAUAAAUGUCAUUCUCUA